CAGACCCGGAGUUUCGAUCCUGUCAGAAACCAAAGACGCUCACUUCAUACAUAGACGUCUCUCAGGCUUCAUCGGUGCACACUUCCUUCGCCAUUUGCCAUGGCAUCUCAACUUCAGCCGCCAGUGGAACCCUCCGCUACACCCUCUGCUGCCGCUCCUGAAGUCCUCGAGACUUCAUCCACCCCGACAGCUCCUCCAGAGGUUCUUAUAGCCCCUCAGGUUUCGACCGCUACAUCGACAGACACACCAGCGGGUGCAAAUGGCUCUGCGCAACCCUCAAGCACACCUGUGGCUCCCAGCGACACCCCAGCGUCAGCUCCAACCGCCGCAGCGAACGCUCCUCCAGUGGAGCCAGAAGCAGACUUCACUGGCAAUGUUAACGUCACUAAUGACAAGCCGACGCAGGCAGACCUAGAGAAAUGCGCGGAUAUGCUCGUUCUCGACGCGCAAGGGGCGUCGCGGCCGUUCAAGAGCCUGUACGCUGGUGAAGGGGUUGCGCCGCGGCAACUAAUCAUAUUCGUGCGACAUUUCUUCUGCGGUCAAUGCCAGGAAUACCUCCGAACUCUCUCCUCAUCCAUAACGCCCGAGUCGCUACUCUCCCUCGACACACCUACCUUCAUCACCGUCAUCGGCUGCGGCCGCCCAGACCUGAUCGAAAUGUACACGGAAACCACCAGCUGUCCGUUCCCGAUAUACGCCGACCCCACGCGCAAGCUCUACGACACCCUCGGCAUGACACGCACGCUGGAUCUGGGCAAGAAGCCGCAAUACACUACCGCGGGCCUCUUCGCUACGACGGUGCAAAGCAUCAUGCAAGGGCUGAAGAGCGGGAGGCAGGUCAUGAACGGCGGCGACUACAAACAGGUGGGCGGCGAGUUCUUGUUCGAGAACGACGAGGUGGUCUGGUGUCACCGGAUGCGCAACACGCGGGACCACGCUGAGGUGCCGGAGCUGCGAAAGCUGCUGGGGCUUGACGACACGAAGCCGCCGAUGCGGAAGCGUUGGAGCCACGGUAUCAAGGGGGUCGGGCGGCGCAGUGGGAGCUGGGGGAGGCCCAAGGAUGGGAAGUUAGAGGAGAAGAAUGGAAGGAGGAGUGCGAGCAUAGCAAGGCGGAUAAAUGAGAAGAGCAUUGAAGAGGAGAGGCUAGAGGUAGGAGAGCAGACGGACGCUACAACGCCAGCGGAGAACGGCGUUGCCAAAGCGUGAGAGAGAUGUCUCGGGGGAUCAUUCUCGGAUUUACGCGUGUGGACACUUGUUAUAGGGGGCAUCUCGGGGUCAAGAGGGACGUGGGUACCCAUUGGCAUUGGAGCAGACUUGUACGAGUACAGUUCGAUGCAUGACAGGCGUUGCGCGGCGGGUAUGCUAGCCAAUAUACUUCUAUCUCCAGG